AUUAACUUUAACAGCUAUAAUUUGUGCCAGAUGGAAACUAAAAUCCCUGAAUUAGACCCCAGUACCACUCCAGAGAUAAUUAAACCUGUGUUACCAGCAGAGCAGCCGGUUGAGCCUACUGGUGAUACUUGCUAUGCUGAUCAACAAGAGGCUCCCUCUUGUAAAGAAGAACAGGAAAGCACACUCCAAGGUUGGGAUCACGUUGAGGAAUGCAUUCUCUGUGAGCAGCUUGAAACUCAAUCUAGUCCUACAGAAGAAUCAGCUGAGAAGUCAGCUAGCCAUAAGGCUCCUGACAACUGAGAUGAUAUUCCUCAAGAAGGUGCUCAAAGUGAGAGUCAUCAAGAGGAAUCUGUAAAUACUAAUUCUCAGAAUGAUCCGGAGUCGCAAAACAAGGAGAACAAUGAAAUUGGCCCAGCCUCUCCAGCUGAGCCUGAAGUCAGGCUGACAUUCCAGCAGCGCCGACUGCUCCAGUACGAGCAGGAAUGCCUUGCUAGUUUUGGAGGCAGCUUGAGUGAAAUUAAUGCCAAACCUAGUCUCUCAAGACUUGAAAGGGAGAAGAAAGCGCUACAGAACUCAACUAAUAACCCAACUGUUAGCAGAAAGAGGAGAUUAAUCGAUGAACACCAGAGUGCAUUUGAAGGUGAUCUAAAUAGCGUCUUUAAGAGAGUGUCCCCAAAAAAACCAGGUGCUAUGUACGCCAAAAGACCUAAAACGGAGGCUACCCAAGGGGAAAAUGAAGUAGUCGAUCUUGAGAAAGCAAGAGAAGACAAAGCAAAGGCUAGGGAUAAAACUCAAAUGGGACCAAACUGCUCUUCUAAUGCCUUUGAAACCUUCAUGGGCUCUUGAAUCAAGAGAAAAUCCCGCAUCGAGAGGGAACAAGAGGCCGAGAAACUGAAGAAGCAGAAAGAAGCAGAGGAAGAAAUCAAGUCCAAAGCUGAAAUGAUACAUAAGAAAGAGCUCUUCCUUCCAAUUAAUACUAAUUAAAGUUAACGGAUAUAUUUCAACUUAUGAA